AUGGAUAGUACAUCAGAUUCCGUUUCCGAAGGCCUAUCUUCACCGGAGCUAUUACAUCGUAGUAGUGGAGAAUCAUAUCAAACGAGUUCCAAGCUAAAAUUCUCCAUACAGAACAUUUUGAGACCAGAUUUCGGUAAGCAGCACGAGACAGUUCUAAAGCCAUGUGUAUCAACAACACCGGACAACAUGAAUACAGUAUUCCCAGCUUGGAUAUAUUGUACUCGGUAUUCCGAUCGACCGAGUUCAGGGCCAAGGUCACGACGAACGAAACGGAAAGAAACAAAUCUUAAUGACGACGAGAAGCGACCACGAACGGCAUUUACUGCUGAACAACUAGAACGGUUGAAACAACAGUUCAUGGAUAAUCGGUACCUGACAGAGAAACGGCGUCAGGAAUUAGCCCAUGAGCUUGGCCUAAAUGAAUCACAAAUCAAAAUAUGGUUCCAGCCCGCAAUUUCACCUCUAAGGAAAAUGGAUGAACUAAAUUUAAGAAAGACUGACAGUUUUGCAUAUGGAAGUACGGGGCAUAGAUUUGUGUCUCCAUACAAGCCUUGUAAUCAUUAA